AUGAUCAUUUCCACAACAUCAAAUCUGGUUGCAUUGACAAGUGUUGAUCACAUUCACCUCUUUUUAGGUUCUGCUAGCAAGCAAGAUGGGCGACACAUGCCUUUGGUGCAGAAAGAAAGAAAGAGGACUAUCGUUGAUUUGAUGUUGCAGUGCAUUCAUCAAUUUUCCACAGCUUGUUGCUGUGACGUUGCCUUGUUUAAAAGUUUUAUUGGUAAAGCAGGUAACUUAGCCUGGCUUGGGCAAAUUAAAGCUGGAUUGAUCUGUGACAUGCAGGUUCUCAGGUUCCAAUGGGCUGUGUUAAUGGCGAGAUGUCAUCGGAUAGUAACUCUGGGUCUUGAAACGCAAUCGCUGUUGAUUCCUGCAAAGUAUCAGGGUAAUGAAGGAUUCAGAAGGUCACAUCCUGUACUGUUGGUUGUUGCGGGUGGUGAGACCAACAAGUUAAGUCUUGAUCAAAAGCGUUGUCAUUUGGGUGGGUGUGGCAGAGACGGUUCUAUGGAGUUUCAAUCGGGGUAUGCCAUCAACUCUCCUACAGCUAGUCGAUUUUACUCUCUAAGUUUUAACUUUUAUGUGCAGGCCCUCAGGUUCCAGUCGGCAGUGUUAAUGGUCAGAUGUAGUCACCGGAUUGUAGCUCUGGGUCUUGAAAUACAAGUUUCUGCUGCGGCAAGAAAUUUGAUGGCUUACUAUUACCCUCCCUUGUGGCAGAUACACUGCAUUGAUAUACACUUACUGUUGAGGACAGUGUUCUCACCUAUCCCUUUCCUCAGUUUGGAGGACAAGGAACAGGUUUUUGUUAAGGAAAUUGAUUCUUGGAUACAUAAUAGUGCAGCCACUCAAACCUAUGACUGGGCUCUUCUCAUAUCAUCCAAGACAUGUGCUUCAGUCAUUACUAUUAGUGGAUUACUAAUAUCCAGCCCAAGGGACUUGCCACUUUUUAUCCCCCUUUGGUGGCAAUGCCAGCUUUCAAACUCUUGUUUCUCAUGGCAAAGGUCUAUGCCCGUAUCCCAUUGUAUCUCUACCACGGCGGUCUACUUCAUCUUAAACCAGCAAUCUUCUUCACCUCGGCACCCUUUUACCCUUUAUGUGGUAAGGAGGAUAAAGAAUAAUGCCUCGGGAUUGCUUAUUCAGUUAGCAAUUCCGCUACUUCUGCAAAGGGAAAGGUUAAUCUGCCAUCUUGUGCUGGAUGUUCACUCUGGGGUUAAUUCCUUGGAGCAUCUGUUAGUUUAUACUCCAUCAGGCUAUGUGAUUAAACUAGAGCUUCUGCCAUCAAUUGAGGCGGAGCUAAAUGAGAGUGAUCCAGCAACUUGGUCUGGCUCAUAUGUACAUUCGUAA